AGGCCCGUGGCGAGGUUCGGCCUCCGCGCGGGGCUUUCGCUGGCGGCCCUGCCCGGGCCUCCCCGCCUUCCGACCGCCUCUGUGCAGCUGUGCCGCCUUUAAUGCGGGGUGUAAGGCAGUUACCCCUACACAAACACACACACACACACACACAUUUUCUGAGCCACACACACACACGUUUUCUGAGCCUUACUGCCCCCACCCCCGCCCAUUUUGUUUACUGUAUGAUUAAAGGGUUUGAAACGAAUAUCAAGUUAAUCCUUGAAGGAUUAAACCGCAAGACAUUUGUCCUGGUGGUGGAAAAUGACGGAUAAAUUUGGGGAGGAAUAAAGGUUUUUCAUCUAUAAUUUGGAAACUAAGUCCAAAACAAAAUGAAGCCAGCACAGCAUCUGUCAGCCUCUAGUAACAAAUUGGCAAGUGUUCAAGAAUCGACUUAUAAAAAAGGACCUUUGUCACCUAAGCUGAAGGAAAAACAUAGUGCAAAAUUAGUACGUGAUAAAAUGGAGCCAAUGGUCUUAAGAUCGCCACCAACAGGAGAAUCCGUUGUGCGAUAUGCUUUGCCUAUUCCAUCGAGUAAGACAAAAGAGUUAAUAGCAGAAGAUGAAAUGAUCAGGAAAAUUACCAAACAUUUGAAGAUGGUUGUUUCCACUUUUGAAGAUAUCUAUGGACUUAAUAUUGAAAAUGGAGUAAUGCCAAUCAUAAAGUCUGAAAAUGAAGAAUUACCUUUAUCUGUUGGGGAUGGUAUGAAUUCAUUCUUGGUAUGUUGUUCACAACUUGCAUCUCAGCUGGAAGAAUCAGUUAAGAAAGAGCGUAAUAUUUUGGAAUCUCUUUUUAAGUGGUUUCAGCAGCAAGUCAAUCAUAUGGAGGAGAUAAGUAAAGAUCAAACUCUUUUAGAAGCAGAGCUUCUAGCAGCUGAUAAAACAAUCAGCAUUGCACAACUAGUAACACUUAUGCAAAAACUUGAAGACCUGAGAAAUCGCCUUAAACAGGGGAUUAAAUUAUCCUCUAGAACCACGUUGACUAAAUCCAUGGAUAAAGAAAGUCAAAUAAAAGCAGUGAAAAGUUAUGAAAUUAUACAGCAGAAAAUUGAAGAAUUCAUAAAAUCCCACUCAUCUGAUGAAUUUGUAGAUGUUUCUGCAACCGAAUCACAAACUACUUAUUCACUGGCUAACCGAUUAAAUACUAUGUUCCAAAUAUUUGAAAACCAGUCAAAUGUGUUGGAGAGAACGAUAGAUGAUCAAGAUUUGUUAGAGUCUAAAUAUAAGGAGAUGCAAAGUGAUCUUGAAUUGUUGUCAGAGGAGAAAUUGGAGUUGGAAAAUGAACUACAAAAGUUGAAGAGUACAGAGAUUACACAGAAAACAAAACCUGAUCGAACAAAGAAAUCUGUAAAAACAGGGAAGAAAAAGGAGAAAGGAAAAUCUGAAAACUUAGAACAGAAGAUGUCUGCAGCCAAACUGCUUAAAAUGCAGGAAGAUUUGCUUCAAGCACAGAAAACAGCACGUACUCUGGAAACUGAAAACAAAAUUCUUCAGGAACAACUGAAAAAAGCUUUACAGGAAGCUGAAAGAACUAAGCAUCAACUUGACGGUUUCCUAAAUCAAGGGAAGGAGUUACCUAUCAGUGAGGGGAAGACUAAACCGUUAAUGGAUAUUGAUAUUAGUAAAACAAAAGUUAAAGAAGAGUCCAAAAAUAAAUCAUUGGACAGAGAAACAAGAAGAUCAUUAGUUUCAGAUUCAGGUGGCCAAAAGACAAAUAAUAGUACCCAAGAACAUCCAAAGAUCCCAUUGGUCAAAAAUGGAAGACCAAUUGAAGAAAGCUCAGAGAAGAAAAGAUCUAGCCCUGCUAUUUCAGAUAUUUCACAGAUGCUCAAGUCUCAAGAUGGAUCAGCUUUUCUAAAGAGUUCAAAGGAAGUUUUAGUUGAAGACCUAUCCCAUACAUUUCCAUCAGAGAACCAUGACAAAUCAUUCACAAUGAUAACACCUAGUGAAGGAAUUCCAGACUCACUGCCUGUUGAAAUAUCACCUCAGGAGAAUGAAGCAGAAGCAUCAUCCUUCGUUUCACUUCCUGUUCUUAGUGAAAGAAAAUCAAUGGGUAGUGAUAUCUCAAAGGCUGAUGUUUCAGAAGAUAAUAUACAAAGGAAUAUAGAAAAACAAAUAUACCAAGCAGCAAGAGAAGAUCAAGGUGAGAAAACGUAUGAGAUAUCUGAUAGUGUAACACCCAUAUACCCAGACUCAGAGUUAAAAGAUCAAACAGAAUUUGGAAUACCUGGAGAUAAUAUUUAUUAUGAAGUAGCCGAUGAAAAUCUAUUGCUUGCCUAUGAAGAUUCAGAACUAACCCAAAUAGAACAGGAUCUACAAACUACAAGAAUGGAUAGACGCCAUGCAUUUCUUAUAGCUCUGCAAUCAAAUGAGGAGUUUGCUUUAGUUUCAAAAGUCCAAUCGCAAAUCAAAAAGAUUAAUGCUACCAGAAUUCAGAGUUUUCAUAGUAAUAAAGAAGAACUAUAUGAAAAUCCUGUGACUGAGCAUCAAGAUUCAAAAAUAGUAAAGAAACAAAGAACUUUUAAGGGAGAAAGACUAACUUCUCAUGAUGUUGUACCAGAUGCAAAUCGUAUGCCUUUGCAAGAAUCCGUGUUGAAAAAAAAAUUGCUAAAGGCAAAAGAAACUUCUAAAACAGAAGGAGUCACUGUUUAUAAUGACAUAUCUGAUGAAAAUCUUGUGCUUCAACCUGAAGAUUCAGUGUCACAUACUCAGUUGCAAUUAAGGAAACAAAAAACAACCAGAGGAAAAAACCCCAGUACUCAUUUUGUAGUGCCAGAUGAAAAUCUUACAUUAAUGCAACAACCUUCAACAUCCAAAACCCAAAUGCAAGAACAGAGACAAAUGACUUCUGGUGGAGGAAGGCACAAUACAUUUUCUUUGAAAAGCCCCCAAAAGGAUAUAUUACUUGAAAAAGUAUUGCCUGAGAACGUUUUAUUAUCAAGAAGCCAAUCUCAAACUAAGAAACUUCAAACUACCAGAGAUGAGAAUAUCAUUACUCAGAAAGUGGAUGAUUUAUUAUAUGAAAAUGUUUUACCUGAGGAUAAAAUUGUGUUCUUGAAAAGCCAAUCUCAAGUGAAGAAACCUGAAGCUAUCAAAAUGGAAACAAUAACUAAUCAGGAUAUGAAUAGACUCUCAGAUGAAACUUUGACACUUGAAGAUCUGGAAAGUACUACAGGACACAAAAACCAAUUUCAAACAAGUGACACUGACCAAUCUCAGAGUUUGAGAAAGACUAAUACAGGACACUUAACUGAUACAACUGGAAAAGAUACAACAAAAGGUGAAAUUGAGACACAAUCUAAAAACCAGCCCGAUAUGAGUUUAUUUAAAAACAAAGACAUAUCCAUACCACAGCAAGAAGAUAAUUUCUCCAAGCACGUCGUACCAAGUACAUUUCCAACAAAAGUGGUGACUUUAUCACCCUUUAGCAAUCAAGGUGUGAAUUUACUUAUAAACAAAGAUAUGCCCAUACAGCAACACCAAGAAGUUAUUUCAAAUAGAGAAGUUACACCAAGUAAAGUCCCCAAGAAAGUGAUCAAUUUGUCACCAUUUAACAAUCAAGAGGAAACUUUUGAUGACACAUCACCCCAUGUGGCUGAACCUCCAAAAACAGUCCAUAAAAAAUCUAGGGUCCGUUCAAGCUUUUCUAAAUCUAUCCACCGUACUUCAUUGAACCAAGUAUUUCCAGGGCAGUCGAAAAAUAUCAUCUUAAACCAAAGAGCUGUUAACGUUAAAAGUCCUCUGCCUCCUGUGACCUCUAAAAGCAAAAAACCCAUCCAUAAAGUGUUAAAUACCAGUACCCAAAGAAAAUAUGUUCCAAAGCCAUAAUUUUGAGAAUGAAGGGAAUUCUGGGCAAGAUAAACAAUGUGAGCCAAUCCAUGGGCACGGAAUGAAGACUCCAGGUGUGAGGACUCUGUUGAACAUAACCCUGACUUAGGCAGAUGGUAAUCACUGAACAGCUGUAAGAAAUGUCCAUAUCAUAAGGCCUUAAGAGCAGCAGAACUCUCCUUAACUAUAAUAUGGAACCAAUGUGAACCUCUAAGAUCAAAGCCUCUUUGUUGCCGGUGGUAGGAAAGGAGCUCUGCGUCGAAGUCCAGCUUGCUUCUACUCACCAAGGUCCCUGUAGUGGUGUGGUGUAAAAUCAAUUACAUGACAUUUGUGCUCUGCGUGUUUUGAAAAUGUGUUGUUCUUUAAGUGUCACGUUAUUUGCAAA